AUAUCGAGUUCUGCGAUCGGGUGUUUUUUCGGUUCUUCAGUAAACUAACGCAAAAUGGCUCUCGUCGACGUGUGCGGUCUUUCUCAGAGUAGCCUGUUGGGCGAGUCUUCAUUGGGAAAAGGUUUCUUCAACCAAGACAUUAUGGUUAACAGCCAAAAUUUGCUUAACAACAUGUCGCUGGCCGUCCCUCCGUUCCAAGAUCCGGCAAUCAACUUGGCCAAACUUCAGGCGGCCGGCGAAUCAAGUGGCAUUAAGAUGAAUUUCGAUCACGGAACUACCACGCUGGGGUUCCGGUUCCAAGGGGGUGUUAUUUUGGCUGUCGACUCGCGUGCCACUGGCGGGCAGUUCAUUGGGUCGCAGACCAUGAAGAAAAUCGUUGAAAUCAACGACUAUUUGCUGGGAACGUUGGCGGGUGGCGCGGCCGAUUGUGUCUACUGGGACCGGGUGCUGGCUAAAGAGUGCCGCAUUUACGAGCUGCGGAACAAGGAAAGAAUCUCCGUAGCCGCCGCCAGUAAGAUUAUGUCGAACAUUGUUUAUUACUACAAGGGCAUGGGUCUCAGCAUGGGAAUGAUGCUGGCCGGAUACGACAAACGGGGGCCCCAGUUGUACUACAUCGACUCGGAAGGAACGCGUACGCCAGGAAAAGUUUUCUCCGUGGGCAGCGGCUCGAUCUACGCGUACGGUGUCCUAGAUUCGGGCUACCAUUGGGAUCUGACAGACGAGCAGGCACAAGAUCUCGGUAGACGCGCGAUCUAUCACGCAACGCACCGAGAUGCCUACUCCGGGGGUAUCGUUCGCGUGUAUCACAUCAAGCCGACCGGAUGGGUUAACAUUUCAAACCAGGACUGUAUGGAUCUGCACUACAAGUUCCAGGAUGAGAAGAAUAAGAAGUUUGGUGAACAUGCUUAGGGGAAGCGACAAGGG